AUGGCGGCCGCCGCCAUAUUGGAAUUCUCCCCUAACUCUAUCGGACACAUCUGCAUGAAAAAGGAACCGCAGACGGCUGAAACUAAGGCAACACAAGAGCGGCAUCUCGGAAAGCUUGGUUCCCAGGGCACAGCGCGCAGGGCGCUCGCCGACGCCCAGCUGUGCCUGCUGGGGAAGGGCUCCAACGGCAGCGUCUGCCUCGUGCGCUACGAGGGCCAGCUGUGCGCCCUCAAGACGGGCCUGAAGGCGUGCUACACUGCCGCCUUCGAAAAGGAGGCCGCCAUAAUGGCCAAGCUGGGGGGAGCGGGGGGCGCCCCCCUCCCCCUGGGUUUCUGCCCCGAGACUCCCGCCCUCCUAAUGACCUUCUGCGGCUCGCGCAGCCUGGAGGACCGCAAGGACCUGGGCGACCAAGUCCUCCUCCAGAUCGGCGUCCGCCUGGCCCAGGCCCUCCAGGAGGUGCACCUCCACGACAUCGUGCACUGCGACCUCAAACCCGACAACGUAACCCUCCAGUUCGCCGAGGACGGCCGCCUGCACUCCCUCCACGUCAUCGACUACGGCUUCGCGUGCGCCGUGGGCGGCUCGCUCCCCCGCAGGAGGACGCAGAACCCCAAGCCGUGGUACUGCCACUGCUUCUACAACGGCACGCCCAUGCGCAAGGAGUGCGACGUGCAGGGACUCGGCUACGUGCUCGAGCUCCUGGAGGAGGCCAUGACGCUCGAGUCGCCCGCCCUCGACGAGCUCAUCGCAAGGGCCUUCGAUCCCGAGCACGAGAAGCGACCGACGCUGCAGGAGGCGGAGGCCUUGCUGUCCGGCCUGCUAGCGAGCCUCAGCGAGACCGAGGCCGACGUCGAGGCCGAGGAGACCCGGGAGGCGCAGGAGGAGCGGCGCGAGGCGCGCAGCCUUCCGCUGCGACUCCCCGCGUCCUGCGGGCCUCCGUCGGCGCCUGCCUUCCUCUCGCUGCAGACGGAAGGAGGGAAGCAAGGGAACUGA